UUCACUUUGUUUUGGGAUUUCAAACUUUCUUUGUUCGUCAUUCUGGGGCCCAUUUGUUUCCUCUUCACAUCUUACUCCAAAACCCAGGGUACAAAGGAGACAAAAUGCGGCCACUUGGUUGUGCUUGAUUCGGGGUUUGUUGAGCUUGAUAAUGGCGGACACAAACUCUGUUGAAGUUAUAUUGGACUUUCUGAGGAAGAAUCGUUUUACAAGGGCUGAAGCAGCAUUGCGUGGGGAGCUUAAUAGCCAUCCUGACUUAAAUGGCUUUCUUGAGAAGCUUUCCUUGGAAGAAAAGGCCUUGCAUAGUAAUUCAGAAAAUGACAACAAGGGGAGGCCAGUUGUAGAAGUUCAAGGGUCAGGUUCUCACAAUACCGUUGAAGUGUCAAAAGAACUCAUUGUGAAGGAAAUAGAGUGUGGGACUGGUAGGAAUGAAACUGAACGCAAAUGGAACAAUGUACCUUCUAUUGGGGAACGGAAUAAAUUAAAUGAAGUGGUUGGGACAAGUGACAAAAGUUCAGCUUUCUCUAAAAGUUCAGAGGACGGGGUGCUGGAUUUAUACUCGUGGAAGUUCAAUCCUGGCAAUGGUCCCGUGGAGCCUUUCCAAAAUGAUGUGGGCACAAGUUCCAAUAAUUGUUUUAAGGGUCCGUCAUCUCAGCAGUCAAAAUAUCAAACAAGUGAAGCUCUUGAUGUGUCCAGCACCGUUGCAAAAUCUGGAGGGGAAAAUACUGUUUCCACUGAUAAGAAAGCCUCAUGGCUUGGAAGUAGUAUUACUAGAGCAUCUGUGGAACAAAAGCAUCAAAGCUUGCAAGCCAAAGAACCUAGGGAAUCUGAUCGGCAGCUUAAAUUUAACAAUUCAUCUUUUAAAGAGAACUUUGCAGAUAAUCCCUGGUCAACAUCUGAUGAGAAUGUUAAUUCAUCUUCGGACAUUUGGAGAGACUGUUCCGUCAAGACUGUUUUCCCCUUCUCUAAGGGUGACGUUUCUUCACGUUGUGAUAAUGCACCUUAUACAGACAAGAAAGAGGAAAAAAGAAGGGCGGAUAUAAGUGAUAUUCGUGCAUCAAUAAAAGAGCAAGUAGAUGAAGUUGGUCGAGCUAUAUACUUAGGCAAGUCACAAGGCAGUUCAGAACAGAAGACUAUUGGUAGCAUAAGUUUCCCUCUUGCUCCUGGGAACCAGAAGGAAGAAUUUCCUAGGCUUCCUCCUGUUAGACUAAAGUCAGAGGAUAAGCCUUUGGCUAUUAACUGGGAGGAAAAGUUUGAGCGUGAUGGACCUGCUUCAAGGGUAGCAGGUGCUGAUGGCUCCUUAAUCAUUGGAUCAUAUCUGGAUGUGCCUGUCGGACAAGAAAUUAAUCCUUCAGGUAUGAGGAGGGCUACAGGGGGCAGUUGGCUCUCUGUAAGUCAAGGGAUAGCAGAGGAUACAUCUGAUCUUGUGUCUGGUUUUGCUACAGUUGGUGAUGGAUUGAGUGAAUCUGUUGAUUAUCAAAAUGAAUAUUGGGACUCUGAUGAAUAUGAUGAUGAUGAUGAUGUUGGGUACAUGAGACAACCUAUUGAGGAUGAAUCCUGGUUUUUGGCGCAUGAAAUUGAUUACCCUAGUGAUAAUGAAAAGGGGAAUGGGCAUGGAAGUGUUCCAGAUCAUCAAGACAGAGGUCCAGCCAAAGAUGAUGACGAUGACCAAUCUUUUGCUGAGGAGGAUUCUUACUUCUCUGGAGAGCAAUAUCUUCAAGCAAAGAAUGUUGAACCAGUCACAGCUUCUGAUGAUCCUAUUGGUCUAACAGUAACUGAAGUGUAUGACAGAACUGAUGGGGGUGAUCUAAUGGCUCAAUAUGAUGGGCAAUUAAUGGAUGAGGAAGAAUUGAAUCUCAUGCGUGCAGAACCUGUCUGGCAGGGCUUCGUCACUCAGACAGAUGACCUAAUCAUGCUUGGAGAUGAGAAGGUUCUUAAUGAGAGUGGAAGAUUGCGACUUGAGGAUAUGGAUGAUGAUCACCAUGGUUCCAUUAGGUCAAUUGGAGUGGGGAUCAACAGUGAUGCUGCAGAUAUUGGCAGUGAAGUGCGUGAAAGUUUGGUUGGUGGUAGCAGUGAAGGGGAUUUAGAAUAUUUCCGUGACCAUGAUGUUGGACUUAGUGGCCCUAGACACCCUCAUGACCUGAAUAAGAAAUCUAUCAAUAAAUUGAGCAAAUAUAGGAAGAAAAAUGAUAAGAGUGAAUCAAAUAAACAUGUCAUUGAGGAUGAUAAAGCUACAUUCUUGCAGAUGAAACCUCAUACUGAUGGGUUCUCAUUUCCCCUAUCCCUGAAAGAUGGUCCAACAAUUCAGGCUGGCACUAGUAUGCCCCCUUGGUCAAACUGCAAUGCUGAUGAGAAUGAUGACAGUCUUAAUGCACUUGUGGGAUCUGAUGAUAAGCUUGCUUUAUGGAGGCGGGGUGAUUCUUCACCCAUGAAAAGUUCUAGGGAUGAAAAUAAUGCUAAUGUAAGGUCCUCUAACUCUUCUCCAACAGUCUCAAAUUAUGGAUAUAUUGAAAAAGAGCAUGUCAAGCUUGAAGGGGAUGAAAAGGAUGGUGGUGCAAGGGAAGAAGAUCUUGGGGCAUCACUGGAAGACGAAGAGGCUGCUGCUGUUCAAGAGCAAGUGAGACAAAUAAAGGCACAGGAGGAGGAAUUUGAAACCUUCAAUCUAAAGAUUGUGCACAGGAAAAACAGAACUGGCUUUGAGGAAGACAAGAAUUUCCAUGUUGUUUUAAAUUCUGUAAUAGCUGGGCGAUAUCAUGUCACUGAGUAUCUUGGAUCUGCUGCAUUCAGCAAAGCUAUACAGGCUCAUGACCUGCAUACUGGCAUGGAUGUUUGUGUUAAAAUUAUAAAGAACAACAAAGAUUUUUUUGAUCAAAGCCUUGACGAGAUCAAGCUUCUCAAGUAUGUCAAUAAGCAUGACCCUGCGGACAAGUAUCACAUUCUUCGGUUGUAUGAUUAUUUCUAUUAUAGAGAACAUCUGUUAAUAGUAUGUGAGCUACUUAAAGCCAACUUAUAUGAGUUCCAUAAAUUUAAUAGAGAAUCAGGGGGGGAAGUGUACUUCACAAUGCCAAGACUGCAGUCAAUAACCAUUCAAUGUUUGGAAGCACUUCAGUUUCUGCACAGCCUUGGACUAAUACAUUGUGACUUGAAGCCUGAGAAUAUUUUGGUAAAAAGCUAUAGCAGAUGUGAGGUGAAGGUGAUUGAUCUUGGGAGUAGCUGUUUUGAGACAGAUCACCUUUGCUCAUAUGUUCAGUCAAGGUCUUAUCGAGCUCCAGAGGUUAUUUUGGGACUCCCAUAUGACAAGAAGAUUGAUAUCUGGUCACUUGGUUGCAUCUUGGCAGAACUUUGUACUGGCAAUGUCCUCUUUCAAAAUGAUUCACCGGCAACAUUACUUGCCCGAGUGAUUGGCAUCAUUGGUCCAAUUGAUCAAAGCAUGCUUGCAAAAGGACGGGAUACAUACAAGUAUUUCACCAAAAAUCAUAUGCUUUAUGAAAGGAAUCAGGAAACCAACAGGUUAGAGUACCUUAUUCCGAAGAAGACAUCCUUGAGGCAUAGAUUGCCAAUGGGAGAUCAAGGCUUCAUUGACUUUGUUGCGCAUUUGCUUGAGAUUAACCCAAAGAAACGGCCUUCUGCAUCAGAGGCCCUGAAGCACCCAUGGUUAUCAUACCCUUACGAACCAAUAUCAUCUUGAAGAGAACCUGGUGUGCUUUUGGAGGUAACAUCGCAGGCCCAUAAGUGGGGUUAGGUGUAUUAAUCAGGGAAGGCGUCAAUCUAUUCUUAACUGUGUUCACUAGCUAUUUGGAAGGGUGAUGAUGAGGUAGUUCUGCCUGCCCGUUCACGUUCCUGCACCAUGCAACGAAAGAAUGUAACUUUGCACGUACACUGUAUUGUUAGGGUUUUACUUUCUUUGCUUUGUUUGGUCUGUUGGAAAGGGAAAUCCUAAAAUCUUGUACGUGAUGUGGGAUAAUUCUUUUAGGCUAUGUAGUAAUAUUUUGUGAAUUAGAUGCUUAUCCAAUUUUACGUGGCCUUGCAAGUUGGGGCAUAAAUCAAGAUUAAAGCAAAGAUGGUGAAAUGCUUCUCUAACUGGGGGCUUUUUGUUCAACUUGGGAUUCCAUUGCCUUUCCUUCCAGUUGGCAGCAACCUAAUUGUACCCUGUGUAAAGAAGGACUCUUUGUUUUUGUUCUACAGAGUCUAGGAUUUUGGUAGCUAAUGGGUUCAACUGUUAAUUACUUCAGGGACAUUCGGGCAACAGGAAUUUCUGGAUUUGCCUGUGUGUUUGUGCACCCACAAAGUUAUUGUUAUCGUCAUAUUUCUUGUAAAUAUCUUUAAUUCGAAACUCAUUUAUCUCAUCUUUUUAUUGUCUGA